CGAAGGUAAUUGACUUUUAGGAUAUAACAUGAAAGGAGUUUCUAUAAUGCCAAUGGAAGCACUAAUAUCCAAACGUGUUCAAGAAAUGGUCUUAAAUAGUGAGGAACCACCACCACCUUAUGUUUGCAGAGAUGAUGAUGACGACUUUGCACACAAUGUCCCUUCUGCAUCAUGCUCACUACCCAUCAUUGAUUUUGGGCUCCUUUCUUUACCAACACCAGCAACUAAACAAAAAGAAGAGCUAGAAAAGCUAAAAUCAGCUCUCUCUUGCUGGGGAUGCUUUCAGGCAAUAAAUCAUGGUACAUCAAACUCACUUUUGGAUAAGGUUCGUCAAGUUGCAAGGGAAUUUUUUGAGCAGCCAAUGGAACAAAAGAAGAAAAUUUCAAAAGGGGUGGAAGAAUUUGAAGGGUAUGGUGCUGAUCCAGUUCCUGAAGAAGGCCAAUCUUUAGACUGGUCAGAUCGUUUGUUUCUUGAAGUUUACCCUGAAGAUAGAAGGAAGCCCUGCCUUUGGCCAGAAAAUCCAUCAUCCUUUAGGGAUGUUUUGGAAGAAUACACUGUAAAGAUGAGAGAGGCAACAAAUCUUAUUUCUAGAGCCAUUGCAAAGUCAUUGGAUUUAGAAGAAAACUGCUUCCUGAAUCAAUUUGGUGAACAAGCACCGCUGCAAGUGAGGUUCAACUACUACUCUUGUUGUACGCGGCCUGAUCUUGUUCUUGGACUUAAACCACACGCAGAUGGAUCAGGUUACACCAUUAUACUGCAAGAUGAUGUUGAAGGUCUCCAAGUCCACAAAGAUGGAAAAUGGUUCACAAUUCCAACAAUUUCUCAUGCCCUAUUAGUCCUCAUGGGCGAUCAAAUGGAGAUAAUGACUAAUGGAGUUUUCAAAAGUCCUGUGCAUAGGGUUCUAACGAACUCCAAGAGGGAAAGGAUAUCUGUUGCAAUGUUCUAUACCCCUGAGCCAAACAAAGAGAUAGGACCAGAACAAGGUUUGGUCAAUGAACAACAGCAAAAAUUAUACAAGAAAGUGAAAGAUUAUGCUGAUAUACAUUUCAAAUACUACAACCGAGGAAUGAGAGCCCUUCAUGUGGCAAAAGUGUGACAUCAGAGUUAGAGGCAGACUUCUAGAGCUCUCAAUUUGUGAUUAUAAACCUUUAGACGCUAUGUGCAUAUAUAUUUGUAUUUGGAGUUUCUUUUUCGGUUAAUAUAUUAAGUGUGUUAUUCUGUAUGUAUCAAUAAGGUACACUAUAAUUUAUAUGGUCAUUUUAUAUAA